AUGAAUUUGUUCAUAGAGAUGUUGAAACAUGGAGUUGCUCCCACCCACUUCACCUUUUCGAGCAUUUUGAGCUCGUGUGCUAGUAUUGGUUGCUUGUUACUCGGUAUGCAGGUUCACUGCAAAACCAUCCAUUGUGGGCUUGAAUCCGAUGUAUUUGUAUCUAAUGCUAUCAUUGAUAUGAAUGCAAAAUGUGGGUCAUUAGAGUCAGCAAUGUUUGUUUUCAAUGAGAGGUCUAACCUCAACACCAUCUCAUGGACGGCCUUGAUUGCUGGUUAUGCACAAAAUGGGUUCAAUGAAGAAGCCAUUAAACUCUUCACCCAUAUGCUCAAAUCAGAUUUUAAACCAGACAAUGGCACCUUCGCUAGUGUGCUCAGUUCCUGUGCGGGCCUAACUGCUCUUAAUUAUGGCAAACAGGUGCAAGUCCAUGCAAUAAAACUUGGUUUUGAUUCAAAUAUAUACACCGCAAGUUCUCUAGUUGGUAUGUAUGCUAAAUGUGGCGACAUGAAAGAGGCAUCAAAGCUCUUUAGUGCAAUGCCCAUUCGAAAUUUGGUGACAUGGAAUGCCAUUAUAGCUGGCCACGCACAUAAUGGAGAGGAUGAGAAAGUGCUUGACCUAUUCAGAACAACGGUAGAACAGGAUGGCAUUGCCCCUGACUAUGUCACAUAUGUGAAUGUGCUCCAUGCAUGUAGCCAUGCAGGGAUGGUCGAGGAAGGGUAUUGGCACUUCAGGUCCAUGAGUGAAGAUUUUGGAAUUACCCCUUACCCUGACCAUUAUGCAUGCAUGGUUGAUCUGCUAGGGCGCUGUGGCCGGCUCGAUGAGGCCGAGGAGUUUGUGGAGUCCAUGCCUAUUGAGCCUGAUGGGGUAAUAUGGGGGGCCUUGUUGGGCGCCUGCCGAACCCAUAGGCAUGUUGAGCUAGCUGAACGAGCAGCGGAAAGGCUCUUUGCCAUUGAGCCAAUGAAACCUGUUGGCUAUGUGCUAUUGGCUAAUAUAUAUUCAGCUUGUGGCCUAUGGGAGGGGGUUGCAAGAGUGAGGAAGAUGAUGCACGAGAGGGGAGUGAAAAAGGGGACAGCUUGCUCUUGGGUCGAAGCCCAAAUGGGGGUUCAUGUUUUUGUGUCCAAUGAUCGGGUCCACCCAAGACUAAGAGAGAUUCACGAGAAGCUUGAGUAG